AUGGAUAGCGAUCCCAUCGCCGAGACGCCUGCGAAGCGCCAGCAUGCUGACGCCGCUUACAAUUCACAAGACGACAGCGGAGACGAGCUCUUUGCCGACUACAACGACACAAUGGCGACCGUUCCGCUCACCCACCCUGUCAACCCUGCCGCUCCGCCGCAGUCCUCGCCUUACUUUGCCUCACCCGCCCCCAACGUCACACAGCCGACACAGAUCCUAGAUACCCCGGUGCGAGCCCGAACCGAUUCGAACGCGGUGGUUCAGGUCCCGGCGUCGUCACCCACACAACACACUCAGCAAGCUAUAUCGUCACCUUCACCGCCCAAGUCCCGCACAAUCUCUUCCAUUGCGCAGAAAGGCGCUGUUCCCCGUCAACCUCACAUUCCGAUGGCCUCAGCGGGAAGCUUCAGCGACUCACCGGCGGGUGACACGUCCGAAGACGAGCUUUCGAAGCCGUUGUCGAGGUCCGACAUCAAGCCCUCGACUUUCGUCACCAAGAGCAAACCUCGCUAUAGUAUUCCGCCUCCCAAGGAUGCUGCCCCGUCUCCGUACCAGCAACUCCUUGCGCAAUAUACCCACAAGGAACCCACUAGUCGUCCCCAGAAGCGCUCGGCCGAUGACAUGGCGAAUGCUUAUUCACCACCAGUCAAGAAGCCUCGUCCUCAACAGCGUCAGACUGGCCCGUCCCGGGCACAACCCGUCGAUCAGCCCAACAUCAACCACGACAUGAAGUUGUCGGAUAUCGGCGAUUUCUUUCAAGCCCAGAAGGUCAAGCGGAUGUCGAUGGUAUACUCGGGAAAGCCCAUAUACCUCCUUUACGAAGCCUUGAUUCGUAAAAAGGGACAGUAUGAUGACGCCCUCAGUUACGUCUGUGAGCUGGAAGAGGAGGAGCGCAAGAAGGCGUCCAAGGCGGAGACGAUCGACCUCACCGAGGACGACGCAUCACCAGUGAAAGUCGCGAAGGCUACCACUAACAAGUCGAAGCAAUCAAGCAAGUCUAUCGCUUCGAAGUACACCUCCAUGCUCGCAAGGAAGCCGCGCGACGAGGAAGUCGUUGAAAUCGCUGACGAUUCCUCUGCCGCCGAAAUUCCGGCGGUGAAGCCACGCGGUCGCUUGAUGAGAGGCCGCCGGCCUGCUGCAAAGUCGCCUUCCCCCAGUGAGGAGCCGACGCCCCGAAAGCAAGCACCGGAACAACGAACGAAGAAGGCUGUCGCCAUCGAUUCCGACUCCGAUGCAUCCGGCGACGAGGAAGAGAUUGAUGAGCAAGCCCAGCAGGAAGCCGAGCAGAACCUGCUCGCAUACCUCAACGCAUGCUCUGCGCCGGAACUUGCGGAUCUUUCUGAGAAGUCGUUGAAGGAUUGUGAGGGCGUCCUGGCGAAAAGACCCUUCAAGAGUUUGGAUGCGAUUCGGAGGGUGGAGCUCAACCCGCCCAAGCUGACCAAGACCGGGAAAGUGCCUCGCACUCAUCUGUCCACCGGGACAAAGGUCUUGAACGAUGCAGAGAAGAUGUGGAAUGCUUACCAGUCCAUCUCCGAGCUUGUAGAGCAGUGCAAGAAGAUCGGCGAGCCAAUCAAAGCAGCUAUGGUGCGUUUUGGAGCAAAGUCGCUUGCUUCGGACGCUUCUGGCGAGCUCAACCUUACGACUCUCGACGAUGUCAAGAACGACUCGGGCGUGGGCACGCCCGGCUCACCUUCGCAGACGGACGACGAUGACCAAAACCCUGUCGCCAAGUCGAGGUUCACCGUUCUGAAGAAGCCUUCCAUCAUGGCUGAAGACCUGGAACUGAAGGACUAUCAACUGGUCGCUCUGAACUGGCUAAACACCCUUUGGACGAACAAACUUUCCGGUAUCCUGGCUGACGACAUGGGCCUCGGCAAGACCUGCCAGGUCAUCGCGUUCCUGGCUCAUCUCAAGUCAACGGGCCAGAAGGGAAUCCAUCUGAUCGUGGUUCCAAACAGUACCCUUGAAAACUGGAUGAGAGAAUUUGAGAAAUUCACCCAGAAAGGAACGAUGAGAGCCAUUCCUUAUCAAGGUUCGCUGAAAGAACGCGCCGAUCUCAGGGCACUCAUCGAAGAUGGACGGAAUGACACCGACGCCGUAGUCACGACUUACUCGAUGAUGAGUUCGACGGACAAGAACGAUUCAAAGUUCUUCCGCAGGCUGUCCCCGACUGUUUGCGUGUUUGACGAGGGCCAUGAGUUACGCAACAGCUCAGCACAGAAGUACAAGUGCGCAAUGCGUAUCCCGGCAAAGAUGCGUUUGCUGCUCACUGGCACUCCCCUACAAAACAACCUGCAGGAGAUGGCGUCACUGUUGGGUUUCAUCAUGCCGGAUGUCUUCGCCGAACAUGCCGACAACCUCAACUUCAUCUUCCGCCGCAAGGCUACGACAACCGAGAAAAGCAGCCACAAGACUCUUCUGUCGGCUUCACGUACCGAUAAAGCGCGGUCGAUGAUGACACCCUUCAUUCUGCGCAGGAAGAAGGAGCAAGUGCUCGGUAGUGUCUUGCCAAUGAAGACCAACCGAGUCGAGUACUGCGAACUGGACCCAAGGCAGAAGAAGGUCUACUCGGAUGUCCUUGCCCUUCAACAAAAGGCGUUCCAGAGGAAGAAAAUGAAUCUGCCCAGUUCCGGAAGCGCCAACUAUCUCAUGAAGCUUCGUCUCACGGCAUGCCAUCCUCUUCUGGACCGUAACUUUUACGACGAUGAGAAGAUCACGAAGAUGGCAAAGGCACAUCAUGAGGUUGGUGCGAGCAAGAGCGUGCAGACGUCCUUCGACUACCUCCGAAAGUUGAACGACUACAAGAUCAAGGACUUGGUCGAGCAGGAUCCUGAUCUUUGGGGUGAAUUUGAGAUGACGGAGGACCUCAAGUUCGCAUCGGGCAAAUUCCAAAAGACGGUAGAGUUUGUGAAGGAAUACCAGAAGACCGGUGACCGCGCUCUGUUCUUUUCGCAGUUCAGGAUGGUCCUGGACGUCAUGGGCGAUGUUCUGACCGCCGAGGGCAUUCCCUUUCUCCGCUUCGACGGGUCGACCGACACCGCGACUCGCCAAGACAUCAUUGACCAAUUCUAUGAAGACAAAGAGAUUCCCAUUUUCUUGGUCUCUACUGGUUCGGGUGGCACGGGGAUCAACAUCACCGCUGCCAACAAGGUCAUCAUUCACGACCUGUCCUGGAACCCGCAGGAGGACAUCCAGGCGGAGAACAGGGCGCACAGAGUCGGGCAGCAGCGCGAUGUGGAAGUGAUCCGCCUUGUCACGCGCGGCACCAUUGAGGAGCAGAUCUUGGCGUUGGGCAACUCGAAGCUGGAGCUGGACGAGAAAGUCGCCGGCGCUGGAGCGUUUGGUGACGACACGAAGACCACCAAGCUCAUGCAGAACCUUGUGGAGGAGAUGUUGAUGGAACAGAUGGAAGAAAAGGGGAAACUGACGGCAGAGCCGAUGGAGGAUGUGCAAGGCUCGACUGAUGGGCAAGACAUUGCCGAGCAAUUCAAAGCCGGCAUGCAGAAAAAAGGUGUCGAGAUGGCGGAGUAG